AUGGAAGGAUUACCAGUACAAUUACAACCGUCCAACUUACGACCCAUAGCAUAUAGAAUCUUGUCAAAGAAACAUGGUUUGAAUAUCAAGACUGAUGGGUUAAAGAAACUUACAGAGAUAAUAAGUCACAAGUUUGGUAGUGAUUGGAAAGGAAGUAAGUGUCAAACAUAUUUAGAAGACAUUGCAAAGAAUUGGAAAAAUCAAGAUAAAGGGUUAUUCAUCGACAGUGAUGGAUUGAAGGAAGUUGUCAAACAAUUGGACAAUGAGAAAAAGAAGGAAGUAGUAGUUAAUGUUUCUAAUGAAGAAGAAAGCAAUGAAAUGAUGAUUGAUGAUUAUGAUAAUAAUAAAGAGAAUGAAGAAAUUAACUGGAGGGAUUAUUUCAAGAUUUUGAAUCCUAAUGAUUUACCUAACUAUAAAUUCGAUAAAGUAAGGAAACAAUUCAUCAUUCAACCUCAACCAAAAUUAGCUAAUUUCCUUGAUAGUAGUAAUAAUUACUUCCAAAAUAGAUAUAAUAUCAUCAAAGAUAGAUUAUCAAGAAAUGAUUUAUUCAAAAAAAGAAACUAUCAAAGUAUUUCCACAAUAAUGGAAAAGCAAGCCAAUAAUGAAAUCACAAUAAUUAAAAAUGUUAUAGGAAGAGAUAAGCAGAAGUUUAUAUUAUUUGGUUUAAUCUCUAAAAAUCACCAUGGAAAGAUAAUAUUGGAAGAUAGUAGUGAUUCCAUUGAAUUGAAUUUAUCUCAAGCCAAUAGGGUUGAUGAUUGUUAUUUAAACUUUGGAAUGUUCAUUAUUGUUGAAGGUAUCUAUUCACAAUUCAAUGAAGAUUCACCUAAUGGGUUAUUUUAUGUUUCAUCUAUAAGUCAACCACCUAGUGAAAGAAGAGAUAAUUCUCUUGAGGUUUAUGGUAAUAUUGAUUUCAAUAACUUGAAUAAAGAGAAUCUUGAUCAUUUAAAUCAUAUUUCAAAAUUAAAUAAAGAUUUCAAGAAGAAAUUAUCUAAACUAGAAAAGAAUUUAAAUAACAAAAUUAUUGUCGUUGGUUCCAAUUUAUAUUUAGAUGAUUUGAAAAUAAUGGCCAGUUUGAAAAGGUUUUUGAAUAAAAUCGAAAAUGAAUUGGAGACUGAUGAUGAUGAAUUUACACCUAUUGCCAUAGUGUUUGUUGGAUCCUUCACAUCAAAACCAAUAAGUCCAGUCAAUUCUUCUAUCUCAAGUAUAAGUGAUAGUGAGUUAUAUAAGAACAAUUUCAAUAACUUUUCAACGUUAUUGUCCAAUUAUACCAAUAUAAUAACAAGAUGUAAAAUAGUAUUAAUUCCAGGAUCAAAUGAUCCUUGGCAAAGUAGUUAUUCUUUAGGUAAUUCCAAUUUGAAUUAUUUACCUCAAAAACCAAUUCCAGAGAUCUUUUUGAAUAGACUACAAAGAUUACUUAAAGAUAAUUUAAUCAUAGGAUGGAAUCCUAUCAAGAUCAAUUAUCUUUCCCAAGAUAUUUUGAUCUUCAAAGAUGAAUUAGUAAGGAAAUUCCGUAGAAAUGAACUCAUUUUAGAUACUGAGAAAGAUAAUCAAGGAGAAAUAGUAAGUAAUGAUAAAUCUCAGAAUUUAUCACCAUCGGUAAAACAAUCAAGAAAAUUGGUCAAAACUUUAUUGGAUCAAGGAUCUUUACAACCAUUUUCCAAAGAUUUGAAGUUAAUCAAUCCCAUUUAUGAUAAUAUCUUGAGACUUGAACCAUUACCAAAUAUUUUGAUACUUAAUGAUAAUAACUUCAGUAAUUUCGAGAUCAACUAUAAUCAUUGUAAAGUUGUCAAUUUAACUGGGUUGAGUGAUAAAUUCGGAUACCUUGAAUACUUUCCAAGCGUCAAGAAGACGAAAUUCAAUGAGGUUUAG